UAAAUUAGCUAGCAGUUCUUAUUUAAGGAAGCUAAGCUUAGAAAAUAAGUAGUGUUGUCAGAGUUAUAGCGCAUGCAAUAGAUUGAUAUAUAGCCACACUGUUCUGCUAGUUCAUCAAAUGGGGAAAAAAUUAUUAUGGGUUGUAAUUUUUGUGGUUUUGGUCAAUAGUAUGGAGUCAUUAGGGUGUUUGGAGGAAGAGAGGAUUGCACUGUUGCAACUGAAAGCUAAUAUAAAGGUAACUGGAAAAACAUUGGCUUCAUGGGUUGAUGAUAAGAAAAGUAAUUGUUGUGAAUGGAUCGGUGUGGCGUGUAGCAAUAUCACAAGAAGGGUGGUUGAGCUUAAUAUCAAUUACGUGAGGGAUUACAGAAUUGGGUAUUGGUAUAUCAAUGCCUCAGUAUUUCUCCCACUCCAACAACUCAAUGUGCUACAAUUGGAAGGAAAUUAUUUGGCUGGUUCUGUUGAGAAUGGAGGUUUUGAUAAAUUGGCAGAACUUCAAAAUCUAAAAGUGCUACACUUGGUCAUGAAUAAUUUGAAUCGAAGCAUUUUGUCUUCUCUCAGUCACCUUUCAUCUCUCAAGCAACUCCAUUUGACUGGAAAUCCAUUACACUCGACUUUCGAUAAUUCCGGUCAUGAAAGACUCUCAGGAUUAAGCAAUCUAGAGCUCCUCACUAUGGGGUCAACCAUGAUGGAAGAUAAAAACGUCUUAUCCGCUCUGAAUUUAAAGGACUUCACCAGUCUCAAAGAGCUAUCCAUAGGCAGCAACAAUUUUCAGAUCUUUGGACAAAUUAAAGGUGGAGGAGGACUAAAGAAAUUGGAGAAGCUGCUUUUAUUUAACAAUAGAUUUAAUAACGACAUAUUCCAAUCACUUAAAGGGCUCCCUUCACUCAAGAUUCUAGAUUUGAGUGGAAAUGAUUUUCACGGGCCAUUGCACAUAGACGACAUAAAUGCUUUGAACAAUUUGGAGGACUUAAAUUUGGGUUUCAAUUUCAUUGAGGGCUUUGAAACUAUUGCAAACUUUUCAUCAGGUGGAUUAGUUUUAUGUAAUUAUUCGUUAUCCUUUUUCAUGACAUAUCUCUUUAGUUUGAUAUUUUAAAUGUUUAAUUGUUGAUGA